AUGAACACCCAAGACCGAGACUCACUCAUCGACAUAUACUUUGAGAGACUGAAUCCAUUACUGCCGAUAGUGGAUGAAGCCACUUUUCGAAAUACAGAGAGGAAACCUCAGCUCCUCGUAUUCGCCAUGUGUCUGGUCGCCUCGCGAGAUCAGAAAGCGAGACGCUAUCUACGCUUCUUGGAGAGCCCUGAACCACUUACGCAAAGAGCAUUUGCAUCGAGAGUAUAUGCCUCUUUACGCUGGGGAGUUCAGAUGGGCCGUGAGCGUGACAAAAUCAACCUGAUACAGAUCUUAGCUCUGAUGUCAUUGUACUCUGAAGGCCCAGAGGGAACAGUGGACUCGUCCAUGCAUUUGUCACAAGCGAUUCACCACGGUCAGACCAUUGGACUACAUCUUGGUCGUUCCAGUGGACAUGGAGGUAGUCAGACGCGACUGUUCUGGGCCUUGUGGGUUUUGUCAAAUUUCAAUGCUAGUUUGAACGGACGGCCACGUCAAAUCUUGGAUUUGGACAUUGGUCUGAAGCUAGACGAAGCAUACGAGAUCUCCGCUCCAGGAACACGGAUAUUGCUCGCCAUCUCACAAUUGCUUACUAGAAUCAUUGGGUUAUACCAACCCACAGCCGCUCUGGACAUCACGGGUAUUGAGGAAGACUACGAAAGCUUUGAAAACAUCCUGGAUCGGUGUGGUGCUUGGGAUCUUGAAUCGAAUGUCAUAACGUCUUUGGAGAUUUACUAUCAUGGUGUGGCGAUCAUAUCUCACCGCGCUCGUGCGACUUCUCGACCAUUACUUCCGACACCUUCAAGCUUACGGCAGGAGCUUUCGGCGUUACAGAUAGUCACGAUUCUCCGCCACAUCUCGCCCAAGAAUCUGGUGCCGCUACCUCUCAUACCUUAUGGCAUCUCACUCGCCGUUUCCACGUUUUACAACCAGCUUCGUAGUGCUCGCAGCCAUAUUAAACGCAUAGCAGCUCGGGAACACAUAGACAGCUGCGUACAAGCUCUGGAACAGUUGAGCGAGUGGUCACAACCAGCAAAGAAUAUGGCUUUAUUGGGGCGCAAAGCACUGGAUCAAGUGGCUGCUGUGACGAUAUCGCCAGAGCUUCGUCGCACAUCACGACUUCACGCUGGACCCGCUGAGUGGCGGCCUGCAGGACCACCCCAUCAUCAAAUCGAUCAAGCUGGAUUGCAACAGCACAACGCUUCUGCCUCGCUCGCAGGACAGCAGCCACAUCCUGAUGGUGGGUUAAGCGGCUUUGACAUUGCGUAUGACGAGUUGAUGGACAUGGAUGCUGUGUUUGGCGACUUCUUGAACAUGAAUUUGCCUGAUUUUGGACUGCCUUUUCAGUGA